GACCACAGCCCGCCCCGCAUGGAGCAGUUCCUCGAGUUCCUGGCGGACGCGCGCGAUUUCAAGAGCGAGAGCCACGACAACGUGAUCGCGGUGCACUGCAAGGCCGGCAAGGGGCGCACGGGGUCCCUGUGCUGCGCCUGGCUGCUGUACGCCAAGAGGCGCAAGUCCGUCGAGAAGGCCCUCGAGAUGUUCGCGGAGAGGCCGCCACCGCCGCCAGGGCUCCCCGCUUCAGGUGAUGGUUCUGCGGCGGCCGCCACGCCGCCUGGCGGUGGGGAGGCGCUGCAGGCUGGGCGCACGGCGCUGCUCCGGGAGUGGCAGGAGCAGGACGUCAUGCAGCACAUGCCGCUCGUCGCCGCCGCCCGGGUCAACGCAUCGGACGACCUCCCGGUGGAGCUGCCUACGGACGUCCCCGUGCUUCUUAACCUGCUCGAGAAAUUGGGGUACAGCUUCACGGUGGACGACCCCUGGCAGCUCUUGGGGUUCGCCCGUUUGGAAGGACCAGCCCCCUCGGAGCUCAGCAUUGCAUCCCGCCUCCGCUCCGCCCGGUACCUCCUAUCAGCCGCGAUCGACCUCGCCGAGCCGGCUGCUCAGACGCAGCAGCUGGAGGCUUUGCGCAUCAAGUUGGAUGCCGCCGAGACGCGCUGCAUGUCCGAGCUGGGGGAGGUGCUGAGGACCCGUAGGAAAGUUAAGAGUCAGCGGGCAAACGUCUACCAGGAGCUGGGCUUGGACGCGGUCUCGCACACAUUGAAAAUCAUCCCGGCCGAGUUCAAGCUUGCAACACAACCCUCGGACGUCCUCGCGAUCCGAAACGACCGGCUCCUGCCAAUCGCAGCGGCCCGAACACUUUCGGAAACCAUGGAGCGGGGCGACGCGAAAUUGGUUGAUUUGGUGCAGCACUCUUCGGUGGUAGUCUGGCUCCCCUCCGACUCGAACGCCCUCACCAGAUGCCUGGCCGCUUACCUCCGACGCUUCGCUGCAGUACCAGAGCCGCCCAAGGUGAUCAUGAUCACACCCAUCCCCAACAUCACUGGCGAACUCAGCGUGGACGGGAUCACAGAUCUUUGGAGUUCCUCGAUACUUUCGGCUACGUGGACCGCGUUCGUCAAGGAGGUGGUGUACAUCCCGUUCCCCUUCGAGCUGCUCUCCACGGCCAGCAAUGGCACGCCGAGGCACUUCAGGGAGGGCCUGGGCAUGUUCUCCCUCCGCCAGAACGGUCCCGUGAGUCCCCCACGCAUGCUCAAGGUCGACGCACUCUUAGCAGUUCCGGGGCACUGGGUCGUCGUCGUCGACAUGCGCAUCGAAUUCUUGACGGAGUUCUUGCAGUAUUUGCGUGCGCACAUACUUUCAGGGAUCUCUUACCGCUUCCACAAGCGCAGUGCCGCUAGUACGACCGAGUGCCCACGGAUCACCGUGGAGCUCAUCAUGGAGGGGGGCGCGACUGACAUCGAGAGCAUGGCGGUUAUGAAAGAGCUUCGCCGGCAGCACCUGCCACCGGACACGUUCUACGCUUUCAAAAGCAUCUUGGGAGCCCGGGAUUCGUUGAUCCUCGAGUUCGGCAGCCCCGCCUCCCUCAUCUCGUUGUGGCCGUUUUGCUCCCAGCUUUACGUCCUCGACCGUUCUCGGGCGCUGCUCUUCCCGGAGGCGCUUGCCGACGCUUGGAAGGACAAGAUGGACGAGCUCUUCCGUCUGGACGCUGCUGGGGCUGCGUCCAGGCUGCGCUGCCGGCCCUCCUUCCACGGAGGCCACCUCGGUAAGGACGAUUCUCUCGUGCUGGACAAGCUCAUGCAGCACGCAGCCCAGCACGCGGGCCUCAACAUCACCCGGGCGGCGGACCCCGACCAUCCGCGGGCGGGCGAGUACAUGCACGUGCCGAUCCGCACCCCUGCCUCGCCUUCGGGAUCAGUGCGGGCACUGGUGAAGAGCCAGGAGGAGAUCCGCAAGAUCUACGCGGUCCUCCAUGGCCAGCCCAUCCUGGUUGGUCAUGAGCACGCGGUGAUGGAGGUCCGGAACGACUUGGUGGAGGUCCAGAUCCAGCGGGGUCGCCUCGGGGCCGGUCGGUUUUGGCCGCGCGGCGUGGGAGAGCUCCCCGGGCACCGCUUCCACUACCAGGUCUUCUACCUCUCCUGCUUCCCGCUCUCGCUCUCGCCCCUACGAGCCGUGCCCGCGCAGACCGCGUGA